UUCCCUCUUCGUCCAGGUUCUUGGCUGGUGUCUGGGCCCUCGGCAUGGCUUUCUGUCUCCCGACUGUCCCGUUUUGUUGGCACUCGCCCUUGUGGCUGUGAGUUGGGUGACUUGCUGGAAGGCAGCAGCAGGACCUGACCCUGGAGUCAUCUCUUACCCACCCCCGCCCCAGAACCCAGGUGCUGGGCCUGGACUGGAACCCUCCACCUAGCAACAAGGCAAACAGAACCCAGCGGGACUCUGUCCCCAGGUGCCUCUACUGCCACCCGGGCCCUCCCAUGCAGCACCCCAAAACCCUCUACCCCCCAGCUAUACCCCAGGAAGGCUUCGGCCCGCAGAGCCUGGAGGGCACUGAGGUGCCCGGUGGCCCAGAACCCCUUCCCACCGUAGCCAACACCAAUCUGCUGUAUCAGACCCCCAGCUCAGACCAGGAUGUGCUGCCAGCCCCUCCAGCAGGCUUCCAGAUGGCUCCCUGCGGCUGCUUCUUCGACCCCCGCAUCUACCGCAUCGAAUGGGCCACCUCCGACUUCGGCCAGUCAUCCCUCUACAAGGUGGCAGUGGCUGGGGGUCCCGCCCUGCCUGGCGGCUACCUGCUGGAGGCCCCGUCCUACCUCAAGGCCCCGGGGCCGCCGCCUCCGCUCUACCCCCAUUACCAGCCGGCCCCCAGUGGGCCACCAUACCUCACACACUACCUUCCACCGGAGGCGCCUGGGCCCGAGGCGCUGGGCUUUGUGCGGGACGGAGGGCCUCACAACUUCAUGGAGAUGCUCAGAGAAGGCCUGGCGCCUCCGCCGACCCCCAAAGAGACUAAGCCAUCUCCCGUGCUCAUCACAGUCCCCACAGUGCACACGCUGGCCCCCGGGCCUUACAGCCACCUCAGUGGCCACGCCAGCCAGUUCCCAGGGCCCCAGGUGACCGUGAGGCCCAUUGAGGCUUCCAGGGAGCCACAGGGUAGUGGCGUGGCCAGGCCAGGGCUGCAGCUCCCUCCUGGGCCUGUGGAGCCCAAGGCAGCUGAGGUAGAGGAGGCGGCCCCCGCGGCCUCAGGCGAGACCAUGCCUCCAGAGGUGGCUCGCGCCUUCUUCCUGCCGGACAAGGUCCUUCUGGAAGAUGCCAUGAAGCUUUUCGACUGUCUGCCUGGUGAAGAUGCCAUGAAGCUUUUCGACUGUCUGCCUGGUGGUGCCGAAGCGGAGGUGGCCCUGCACAGGUCUUCCGGCCCCGGACUUCGGGACAGCGGUGGAGGUGGGGACGACUGCCCGGCUGACAUCCGCUCUCUGCACCUCCCGGAUGAGCUGCUGUCCUUUGACUACAAUGUCCCCGAGAUCCUGGACGCGGUGGCCAACGUGGAUUACUUUUUCAGCUUCAAGGCCCUGGACGAUGAGCCACCACCCCACCUGGGGGUCCCUGUCACUGACAUGGUGGCCCCUGGCCCUCGGUCCCAUCAGUCGGGGAAGAAAGCCAGCCCAUCUGCCAAGAAAGAAAAGACAGGCUGGAGUGCUCAGACUGCACGGGUAGGCAAAGGGGAGCCUGGCAGUCACCAGACGCCUUCAGAGUUGGGCCAGGAACUUCGGAAUUGA